AUGCUUCUUUACCUGAUGAUUUCUGCAAUAGCGUUGUCCGUAAAAUUAAUGCUGGUGCGCAAAGGUUCUCACUCUGGCGCAACGGUUACAUCAUCGGAGUCAGGCAAAGACAACAAAGGCUCGCAUCCUACAGUUGCCAUUCGUAAGAACGAUGAAAUGGUAAACAUCCAGCUUCAGUCGUUCCGACCGCUCCCACUUUCUCGCAAUAGCGUCAUAACUGCGAUCGCGGUGAUUGUUUACGCAGCGCUGCGUGAACAAGCAAAUGCAUGUCAGUUGGGAUUCACUAUGCACAAUACAGAGGUCACGUGUACAUCUCAGAACACCUGCGCAAUCAAAUUCCGUCGUGAAAUUUUAUUUGAUGAGAUCCACAAUAUGGCUUGCAUUGAUAUACUACAAGCCAAUAAAUCAGUAGGUAUUCUUCGCAUAGAAAAAUUACCACUAGAACUGGCAUGCGCGAAACUUACUCUGUUUUAUACACGUGACACCGAGCACAAAGUAUACAGCGCUACUCGAUGUGCACAGAUGGGUUCUUGUAGGCAAGACGCAUGUUCUAUGAUAAAGCCAGAUAGCAGAGUCGAAGAAUUUGCAAAUGUCUCUCUUUACUCGGGAUACACGGGCUGUAAACCUUCAUGUGGAGGGCUUAUAUGUGGAUGCCUUUUACCACUUCCAUCGUGUUCAUUCUAUCGUAUUGCCCACGUACCCAGCAACAGCUAUGUGUACGAAAUCGCUGAGUGCAUGGGAUGGAAGUCCUUGGUUCGAAUAAAAGUCCAACUAAUCCUGCACGACAUGGCUAUGAAGAAGCAAGUAACCCUCCGACCUUACGUCACCAAGAAAAUAGAUGACACUUCAUUCACAGUGAUAUCCAUGUCGACGCCGUCAAGUCCGCUGUUACAAAGUAGAUUCGUAAUAUCUGAGCACGAAGGCCUAAUUAUCCCAGGGACUGAAACCAUGCCUGUCGAAUGCAAAACAUUCGAAGAGGCAAGUAACAAAUUUCAUCAUUGUCAAAGCAGAGUAAUUUGCCAAUGUGACGCAGAGCCUGCUCCCGCACGGUGCUACUGCCCACCCAGCAACAUCGCCACCAUCAAGAGUGUCAUUUCAAACGUUCUUCUCGAGUCAAGCCCAUUUCUCAGCAUAAUCAGACGAAAAGAUUCAGUAAUCGCUUACUCUCGAAGAGAAGAAAUGACUUUAAUGGUAGAAUCGAAAUAUAUGCAAGAAAGCGCGGAGUAUGUCACCGAACAAGAUUGCAACGCCUCAUUGACAAAGCUGGCGGGAUGUUAUAACUGCCAAGAAGGCGCAAACCUAGUCGCGUCCUGCACAACAGCAACACACACAUGGAACAUCAUCCAAUGCAAAACCCAUGUUUUUUCAAUCGAAUGCAAUCCUCUGGGAAGCCAAACACACUCAUUCUGGACUUUCAGCAAGCGUUAA